AUGGGUCCGCCGACUAUCGAAUGGUUCGGCGCCACGACCUUUCGACUGCGAGCCAACGGUUUGGUCCUGUUUCUAGAUACAUGGUUGGAGAGGCCCUCUGUGCUACCGAAGCAUCUUGAUAUCAAUGAUGUGAUUGAAGCAGAUUAUAUCUUCAUAUCUCAUGCCCAUUUCGAUCACCUGCCUGGUGCGGAUAAGAUAGCGAAGAAGACCGGUGCUGUGGUUAUCGCCAACGGCGAGGCGAUUAACCUUCUCCGAGAUGCGGGCGUCAACGAAUUUCAACUCUUCCCCGUCGCGGGCGGAGAGCGUAUUCCAUUGUUCACCAAGAACGACCGUAAAUCUGCGGCAGACGGCGAAAUAUCUAUCGCUGAUGGUCCGCCCGGAAUGCCAGCUAGACCGAAUCACUCUCGAGCUGUCAUGUCUGUUCACGUUUGGCCUUCUCUACAUGCUCUGAUGCCUGGAAGUGGACAUCAUGAUAUUCCAGAGGAGAUUGACACUGGAACAGUCUACAAAGGCGAGGCUACACCGUAUACUUGUACCCUUGACAUUACAAUGGGGAUGAAAUACGGCCUCUUAUGCAACAAAGAAAACAUGCCGCCCGAACAGAUAGACGACGGAAUGAAAUCCUUUGCAGAGUACAUCAGCGACAGGAAGAACAACGUGUUUUCGCACUACGAUGGCGGUCAACUAGCCUACAACUUCCUUCUCGGGCCCGGGCAGACUGUGUUCUGGAACGGACAUUUGGGUGGCUAUGAGGGCAUUAUCAAGAGCAUUGAGCCAACCCCAGAUGUGGCGAUCCUCACCAUCGCGGGGCGAGCCAAUCUGAACGGCCGACCUUACGAUGGAUCUGCUGCCCAGUUCGCGACGAACCAGAUCCGGUGGCUAUCUCAACCCAAGAAAGUGAUCUGGGCUCUCCAUGAUGAGGGUGCGAUCAAGCCGUAUCGAGUAAACACCGCCGCCGCAACUGCCAUGGUCCAUGCUCAGACCUCAUCAACAGUGGAAGAGCUCGAGUUCGGUCUCGCAAAACCACUUUUCUGA